AUGGGAGGUAUCGAUAUGGCCCACACACCGAAGCAGCUUGGUCACCUGGUCAUCAAGGUCCGGGACAUCGAGCGCAGCGUUGAUUUUUACACGAAUGUCCUUGGCCUCACGGUGAUGACCGGGCGCCCGGGCGGGAUGACAUUCCUGUCCGCCGACACCACCAUGUCCCAUGAGCUGGCCCUGGUCCCUCUGGGCAUGGACGCGCCCGGCCCCGAGGACCGGCGGGUGGGCAUGGCCCACAUGGCCUGGCAGAUGAACUCUUUCCGCGACCUCAAGGAGCUCUACCAGCGGUGCAAGGACCACGGCGUCCGCUUCAAGCGGCUCGGCGACCACGGCAUCUCCAUGGGCGUCUAUAUCUUCGAUCCGGACGACAACGAGAUCGAGAUCUACUACGAGGCUCCCGAGGCCGAGUGGGGCAACAAGGAAGGGUUCCUGUUCGACGGGAAUUUCCCGUGGCAGUUGGAGCCUAUCGAGGAGCCGGCAGCGGUGGGCGCCGACGACUAG